AUGGCUCCCGCGGGCUACCACAGUGACCGUGACGGCCACCUAGAGGCUGGACUUCUGAGGAGCACCCAAGGAGAGAAGCAGACCGGACACGAGCAGCAACUAACCCAGACAACCCCACGCAAGAGCAAGAAGAUGGUUUACUUUAGGCGGGCACUGGCCAUCGUCGCCGUGGGCUUCGUCCUCGGCCUGGGCGUGGCCACGGCUCGACCCGGCUUCGUCGACUGUCACGGCAACUCCAGGAUGGCCGUGCCCAAGGCGCACGGGGCCAGCAGCGAGCUGGUCGAGGAGCUCCAGAAGACGUCUCCCGACCUGCUUCACCGGCUGCUGCAUGCCUAUCUCCCCGAGAGAUACCAGCACGGCGUCUUCGCCUCAGACGCCGAGGCCAUCGACGCCAUCCAUGAGAACGACCCUUCUGUUGCCUCUGCCAUUGUUCAGAUCGCCAAGAGACAGGAGGACAGCCCGAGCAACAGCAACACCACCGUUGCCAGCGGCCCCUCAACCACUGCUCCGGCCAACUCGGCUACGGAGUCGGCGGCUUCUGAUUCCUCGACUACCGCGGAUGCGAAUGCUCAGACGACGACGGAUGCCGGCCCAUCAUCCACGCCCACUCCUUCGGACACGAACGCACCUGCCAGCACUACUGCCGCCGAAUCUACCGUAGACACAUCUUCGGCUUCUGUGCCUGCAUCUACCACCGCUGAGCAAACCACUGCCGCUCAGCAGACGACUUCCGGUGCCGCUUCGACCACCGCAGCUGUCAGCACAACCCCGGCCCCCAGCACGACCAACUCUACUCCCGAAUCCUCCGCUACUGCUUCUGGUACGUCUACUACUACUACUACUGAAACUGAAGAUCCCACUACGGCUGCUUCCUCCUCUCCCACUACUGCUCCGGUGUCCUCCACCUCUUCUGGUAGGUUGUCGUCAGACAUCGCCUCGUCCUUUACUACUUCGGAUGCGUCCACCACUGCUUCUGAUACUUUGCCCCCUUCCUCCGUGACCUCCUCCCUCCCCACCUCAACUCCUCCACCGGAAUCGACGACGGCGACCGAGACCACUACUGAUGAUACCAUCACGUCAACAACUGCUGAAGCCAGCGAAACUUUCCAAACCACCAUUACUUCGGGCACCAAGACGACGUCUGCCCCCGUCCUCCACACCUUCACCAGGACUCUUCCCGACGGCGGCACCACCACCCUGACAUCCACCUCGUGGGUCGCCGUUCUGCCCACUGGCCAGGCCGACGGAGCAAAGAGCCCCGACCUGCAGGGCGAUGCUUCCCUCCCCCGUGGCCAGGCACUGCUUUCUGCUGCCAUUGGCCUCUUUGUCGGGGCUGUGCUGAUGGUUUAA